UGCCCAACCCAGCAAAGGCCCAAAAUAUCUCUCUCUUUCUCUCUCGACACUGCUUCAAUUUCUCUCUCCAAAACCUCCACAAUUUCUCUCUCUCCUAAAAAAUCCCAAAUGCACAACCCUAGCACUCCUCACUCUCCUCCUUCGAUACCUUAGCACCCCUGUCGCCGGAAACCUAACCGGCACUUACCGCCGGCACAUAUCCGGCGAGAAUUAUUCGUUUGACGUCCUUCUCUAUUCGAUUCGAUUCGAAUUCUCCAUUUCAAUUGGCUCCCCUGUUCUUCCUUUUCAAAUUUCAGGUUGUUUCCGUGAUCAAUUACCACCACCACCUCCACAAAGAAGAAGUAGAGCGACACAAGUAACCGCCUAUGGCUCCGGGGCGUAAAAAGGGAGCGAAUAAUAAGAAAGUUCAGUUGCGUUUGGGUGAUCUUGUGCUUGCUAAAGUCAAGGGGUACCCUUCUUGGCCUGCGAAGAUUAGUCGGCCUGAAGAUUGGAAACGAGCCCCUGAUGCUAAGAAAGUUUUUGUCUAUUUCUUUGGAACUCAAGAAAUUGCUUUUGUUGCCCCUUCUGAUAUUCAGAUAUUCACAAAUGAAGUAAAGAAUAAACUGUCGGCUCGGUGCCAGAGUAAGAAAGAUAAGUUCUUUUCCCAAGCCGUGAAGGAAAUCUGUGCAGCUUUUGAAGAGUUGCAGAAGGGAAAGUCAAGUGGAUUGGGAGAUACUACUGAUAGAUCAGCACCAGGAUCUGAGGCUCCAUCUGUUGACUCAAUGGAAGAGGAUGAGGCAGAGGAGGACUUACAUGAGGACAUGGGUAAAGUUGGACAAAGUGGAGAAGUGUGGAAUUUAAGACGUGAAUAUAGUUCUAAGUUAGAGCGUUGCUCCAGUAGACGAGAUGAAGCAUGCUCUGAAGAUAUGAAGCCUUCCGUAUCAGGUGACGCAGAUGACAGUUCAUCCCCAGGUAUAUCUUCUGAAAAGAAGGUUAAAAUUUUUGAUAGUGCACAACCACAGGAAGUAUUAUCUGCUUCCAGUUCGGAUAAUGUUUGCUGUGUAAAAGUUGAAGCCUCAUGUAAUGGAAAUCUGGAUCUUAAUUGCAUUAAGAACCUGGGUACUGGUGAGGGGGCGUGGACAAAUCCCCAUGAGUCAAAGACAGUGUUUUCUGGGGCUGAGAGAAAAUUGGAAUGUAACUCCUGGGAACAAGUUACAGGUGGAGAAAAAGGCAAGCUUGCUAGUGGCAGUAUGAAGGAUUCCCCCCCAGGCCCUCCUAAAUCAGAAUUAGAAGCCAACGGUGGUAGAAAAGUAAAAGAACUAUCAAAAGCCAAGAAGGGUACUAUGGUGUCUGAUGAAAAAUAUGAAAAUAAGGUUUUUCAAAAGAAAAGGCGUGCCCACCCUGAUUGUGGAAAAUCUGAGCUUGAAGCAACUGAAAAUGCAAAUCCUGCUAAGAAAUCAAAGCGUGUAGAUGUGGCAGAUGAUAUUACAAAGGGACCUUUUUCAGAAAACAUGAGUGUUUCACCAAGCUCAAAUGUUGUUGAUGACCAAGCAGCCAAACGGUCCAUGGCACAUGGAAAAAGGGAGAUCCUUCUGGGAUUAAGAGCCCGAAGCGACAAAGCUAAAACAGAUGCUUUUGCCCAAACUAGUAAAGUUAAAUCUAAUCUUUCUUCUCACUCAGGUAAGGUCAAAUCUGGUACAUCUGCCAAGAUGAGUAAAGUUGAUAAUGAUGCAUCUGCCCAAACAGUUAAAGUCAAAAGUGAUGCUUCUGCACAAUGGGGUAACACUAAUACUGAUGUAUCUGUUCAAAUGAGUAAAGUCAAACUUGAUUCGACUGCGGAAAUUGGCAAAGCUAAACCUGAUGUUCCUGAUCCAACAAGUAAAGCUAAAUCUGAUGUUUCAAAUGAUGAAGCUGUGCUGCCUGUAUUAAAACGUCGUAGACGGGCAAUGGAGGCGAUGUGUGACGCUGCUGCCCUCAAUUCUAAUGACAGAAUGGAGAAAAAUGCUCUCGAGCUAAAGAGUGAUAUGGUUUCUAUUAAUGCGAGAGUUUCCAUUACCCAACAGCCCAAAAGGCGAAGAGCUGUUUGCCUUUAUGACAAUGAUGAUGAAGAUGAGGAACCCAAAACUCCUGUUCAUGGAGGGGCUGCCAAAAAUGGCAGAGAACCUGUAUCUGUUUCUGAUGCUUCCAAGAGAACUAAUGCACGAAUUGAAAGUUCUGUUAAUCAACAACAACGAAACUCUAUUAAUGCUCAGACAAGUAUCAAGGAUUCUACUGGUUUAGAGAAUAUCCAUUCCAAGGAAUCAUCUUCUCUGUUACAGAACAAUCCUUGUUCGCCCAGCUAUCCAAAAACUGUGAAGAGGAAUGAUACACAUAUCUCUCCAAGUCCUGGCAAAUCAGAGCCUGAGCAGUUACUGUCAAAGGAGGCAAAACCAAUCACAACUACCCCUAAGAGGUCUCCUCAUUUGCUUUCUGCCACCAAAUUAAUUGUGGAACAGCAUAAAGCUAUCAACCCUGUGGUUAAAGUUUCCACUCCUGGCACUCAAAAAAAGGCCCAGGCUGGACCUGGCAAGGUUUCAGGUCCUGUUUUGGAUGGUUCUAACGCUUCUCAAAAUCAUGCGCCAAGUCAAAAAAGUAGAGCAGCUUUUUCUGGGGAAAGGCCAAAAAGUACUCCUAAAGCAACUUCACAAAUGAGUAACCUGACUGUUCCAAUGGGUGCUUCAUCAGAACUGGAAGUUGGUAUGGAUGACAGACCCAGCUUUUUGGUAGAUUCUAAGACUCCAGAUUCUGUUACAUCUAUGAAACAUCUCAUUGCUGCUGCUCAAGAAAAAAGGAGACAGGCUCACUUGCAAUCCUUUCCUCUUGGAAACCCUGCCUUUAUAGCUCUCAACAACGCUCAGGGAAGGAGCCCCAGCUCCUCGCCAAGCCAACUUCUUUUGUCUGGUACUAGCAAUGCUGCACAGGCAGAUAUGCAGGGCUUUUAUCAUCGCACAGAUUUAGUUUCUCCAUCUACACAUGGUCACCAAUCAGCAUCACAUGACCAAGUGGAUGGUGAAGAAAUCGAGGAGCGGAGAGUUAGUUCUGGACACAGGGCUGCUGGAGGUUCACUGAGUGGUGGUACUGAGGCUGCUGUGGCCCGUGAUGCUUUUGAAGGGAUGAUAGAGACUUUAUCAAGGACGAAAGAAAGUAUUGGACGUGCAAACUGCCUUGCCAUUGAUUGUGCCAAGUAUGGCAUUGCAAAUGAGGUUGUGGAGCUUUUAAUCCGAAAAUUGGAAAGUGAGCCCAGUUUCCACCGCAAAGUGGACAUAUUUUUUCUUGUGGACUCCAUCACCCAGUGUUCACAUAAUCAAAAAGGUAUUGCUGGAGCUUCAUAUGUCCCUGCAGUGCAAGCAGCAUUACCACGCCUUCUUGGCGCUGCUGCUCCAGCAGGAGCUAGUGCUCGGGAAAAUCGUCGUCAAUGUUUAAAGGUCUUAAGAUUGUGGCUUGAGAGAAAAAUCUUGCCUGAAUCUGUUUUGAGGCGCUAUAUGGAUGAUAUUGGAGGUUCAAAUGAUGAUACCUCUUCUGGAUUUUCCCUCAGACGUCCAUCCCGAGCUGAACGAGCUAUAGAUGAUCCAAUCAGGGAAAUGGAAGGCAUGCUUGUUGAUGAAUAUGGAAGUAAUGCUACAUUUCAGUUGCCUGGCCUUUUAUCUUCUCAUGUGUUCGAGGAUGAUGAUGAGGACUUCCCUAGUAGCCCAUUUAAGGAAGGUGAUGGUGCGUUGGGCAUGACAGGAUCAAACCAUGCUUUAGGAGAUUUAGAAAUAUGUACUGCUACUCCAAGUGACAGGCGGCAUUGCAUCUUAGAGGAUGUGGAUGUGGAACUUGAAAUGGAAGAUGUGUCUGGACACCAAAAGGAUGAAAGACCUUCAUCCACAGGUGGAUCUUUUGAAAUGGAACCACAGCAGCAUUGCUCAGAUGGGCCAGAACCUGCAUUAAAUGAUUCUGCUGAGUUGCUGCCUCAACCAGAUGAUUCUCCACCACCGCCUCCUGAUUCUCCUCCUCCACCUCCGCCUUUGCCUUCCUCUCCACCGCCACCGCCACCGCCACCCCCCCCCUCCCCGCCACCGCCACCUCUACCACCCCCACCCUCAACAUCUCCAUCACCUCCACCUCCACCGCCGCUUCCACCUCCACCUCCACCUCUUCCAUCGCAACCACCACCUCCUCUUCCUCCUGUGCCAACCAUGGUACUGCAACCACCUGUACCAACUCAACCUUUGUUGCCAGCCAAACCAAUACAACCAUCUCAUUCAUCCGUACAGUCCUCCCCUCAGUUGGCAUAUCAACAAUCUGUACCUCAUGAAUACUGCACUACACCCAAUAGUAAUCAAAUUGUCCAAAUGGCUGGCAGUACUCCUCAUGGGAAUCACAUGUUUUUAAAUCCUCAAGCUCCUCAACAAAAUCCACAUUUUCAGCCAGUUAAUGCACCUUUUCCACAAAGACCACUGCAUCCAAACCUGGCACAAACUUCAACUGGUCAUUUCUCAUAUACAAAGCCUCUAAUUCAGCAGCAUCCUCAGCAUCCUUAUCCCCGUCCAUACCCUAUGCUAACACAUCCUGAUGGACGGCCACGAUUUGCUACUGAUGAACAGUGGAGGAUGCCUUCAAGCGAAUAUGCAGAUGGUCAGCAUGGUGCAUGGAUGAGUGGUAGAAAUCCAUCACAUGCAGGGCCUUCUUUUGGCCAGGAAGGUUACUUUCGGCCACCGCCUCCAAAUAAUAUGGGAUUUCAGGUUGCUCCCACCAAUAGUUUACCUGCUGGAGCUCCCAUUCCAGGUCAUGGUGUUUCACAGAUGUUGCCAUGUAGACCAGACAUGCCUUCCCUUAACUGCUGGAGGCCAGCUCAAUAACAAGUCUGAGGGCUUCUUGAGUUUUUGACGCUGUGAUCCUGAAAGGAGGAAGUACACUUGCAUUAUAAUAUGCCGCAAGGAAGGUUCCAUUUUGGACUUAAAACUACCACUUGAAGGCAGUGCUUGAACCUUGUGGAGACUCUUGGCAGGGCUGUGUAUAUUGUAAUUUUUCCUGACAAAUGUAUCCCGGGAACAUUUGCUUCCGAGUGUAGGACCAUGUUUCUGACUUGGUUAGUACAUCUGUUUCUUAACUCUUGUAAUUACGUUAGGAUAUAAAGAGAAAUUUUUUAAGCCACAAGUUUGACCAAUGGUAAAUUUAUUGAUCCUUUUAAUGCGUAACUUUUU